GAUAAUGAAGGGAUUAAAUCUGUCUAAAGCCGCGGCAGGACCGAUACAUCCACAUAAAGGUUAACAAUAAGACAAGACAAUGUUUUUCUCCGAGGGCAUAUACGUUUGUUAGAAUACAGAUUACAAUUCAUUAGAAGACAGAUCAAUAAAUAAAAAGAAAUCAAAAGACGGAUUUUUGUUUUGGAUGGCUCAACACAGGAUGGCUGUGGAGCAAUCCACCGCAGCCCUGCUAAUUGUAAUGGGUAAGGCAACAAAUUAAAUUAAAUUUCCUAACUUCCCUAUGUAUCUGCAUGCUUAAUUAAUUAAUAUUGGUAUUUAAUUUUAAUGCAGAUUAAAUUUGAGAUUAUACAUUCUCAGAAAAUUGAAAAAUUAUACACAUUCGCAGUUUUUUUUAAACAAUGGUAAUUAAUAGUUAUACAAAAUUGUUUAAUAUUCAUAGAACUAUAUAUGUAUUGGUUUAUAAACAUGAAGUACCAAGAAAUAAUCAAAUUGUAUUAAAAACAGGUGUCAUUGUGGGUACCCUCGCUGACAUGCCACAUACGUAUUCAACUGGAUCUCCCACAACGUUUGGAGCAUUGAACACCAAUUCAAACACUACAAACAGUCCAUCAACUCCAACCUCAGCGCCAACUUUCAAGUUGAAGGCUACAAUAUCAAAGCCUUUCACUGCAGAGUUAACAAACCAAACAACUAAAGAAUUUCAAGAACUGGCAUCGGCUGUUAUCAUGGUGUGUAAUGAGUUCUUUCGGAAGACAUAUGGGCUGGUUUUCAACACCACGAAUGUCCUGGGAUUCAGUUCGUCCACGACUGGUACGACUACAAUAGAGGGGGAGCUUGUAUUUAAUGAUACAGCCUCACCUGAAGAGAUCCCAUCAGCAAGUGAAGUUUUGAACACCAUGAGAUUGGCUGCAGCAGCAACCUGUUCGAGCGGAAUCUCAAUUGAUACGGAUUCUAUAGCUGUAACAGAAAUGCCAACCUCAACGACAGCACCAACAACAACUACGGCAACUCCAGAUUCCUCAGUUCCUACUGUGUCUUUCACGGUAGAGGCUACACUAUCAAAGCCUUUCACUGCAGAGUUAACAAACCAAACGACUGCAGAGUUUCAAGAACUGCAAACAACUGUUGUGACAUCUUGCGAUGCGAUCUUCCGGGAGGCCUAUGGGUCGGUUUUCAUCACCACCCUUGUCCUUGGAUUCAGCCCGUCCAUCGAUGGAAACACUACAAUAGAGGUGGAGCUUGUUUUCAAUAACACAGCAUCACCUGAAGUGACCGUUUCAACUGCCGAUGUACUGGAGACCAUGACGACGGCAGCAACCAACACCUCCGCUGGCGGAUUCUCCUUUGAUCCUGAAUCAAUUGUUGUCACAGAAACGCCAACCUCAACGACAGCACCAACAACAACUACGGCAACUCCAGAUUCCUCAGUUCCUACUGUGUCCUUCACGGUAGAGGCUACAAUAUCAAAGCCUUUCACUGCAGAGUUAGCAAACCAAACGACUGCAGAGUUUCAAGAACUGCAAACAACUGUUGUGACAUCUGUAAGUUGAUAUCAUUUCAAACUUGAAGUCUUUAACGUUGCCCUCUUUUGCCUCUCGUCCUUCGAUACCCUUUCGAUGCAUUCCAUAUUACUUGA